AAAAAUGUCAACUGUUUCUUUUUUAAACUCCAUAAUGUUUUAUUUUCUCCAGACAAACAACGAUGUUUGGAGCUUUGACUUUCCUUCUCAUUGGCUCUCUGCUGCAGGGUGUCCUGUGUGGAGAUUGGAGGGUCAUUGUGCCGCAGAAAGUAGAAGUUGUGAAAGGAUCCUGUGUGACCAUCCCCUGCUCCUUUGAUGUACCUGAUGAAUAUGUACAAUAUCUAAAUAGCGAGUGUAGAGCAAUAUGGAUCAAGAAAGAUAGCCGUCCAUGGAUUACUCUGACUCAAGCAAUGACAGGAGACUUAACAAACAAAGACUGCACCUCAACCUUCAAUAAUAUGAUUGCUGAAAACAGCCAUCAGUAUUACUUCAGACUGGAUUGUUCAGAACCACUGCUAUAUAAUUUUGCAGAUCGUCAUGUGAAUUUGGUCGUCACAGAUGAUCCUCCUGCACCAAACCUGACUCUGUCUCCUCUGGAGGUGAAGGAGGGAUCCUCAGUGAGUCUGACAUGCUCUGCUCCAGCUCCCUGUCAGACUCUUCCUCCAACUCUGACAUGGACCCCCAGUCUGGGUGACGUUCAAGAGCAACUGCAGGAGAAUGUGGACAAAACUAAAGUCAAGAGGUCUGUCCUGACCUUCACUGCUUCUCACCUCCAUCAUGGACAGAUUAUCUCCUGCACUGUGGUCUACAAGAAACAAGAUGGCAGCAGAGAUGCAUCUGAGAGAAGGAGUUUAACAGCUGCUGUUUCCUAUUCCCCUAAAGACACCACAGUGUCAGUCAGUCCCUCUGGUCCAGUCCAACAGAGCAGUAAUGUGACUCUGACAUGCACAAGUAAUGCAAACCCAGCAGUAAAGAGCUUCACCUGGUACAGAGAUGAUGGAAACCAGGAGACUGUCAUUGGAACCAAAGCCGUUUUAAACAUUCAAGCAUCUAAAGUCAGUCGGCCGCUUUUCUGUGAGGCUGCAAAUGGUGUUGGAGUUGGACGUUCCAACCUGAGUCAGAUAGAUGUUCAGUUUCCUCCACAGAUCCUGCCAUCAUCUGAUUGCACCACAACUGCAGGCCAGGUCAACUGUUCCUGUGAGACUGUGGGAAAUCCUUUUCCUACUUUACACUGGUCUUUGGAUGGUCAGCCUGUCAGUCAGUCUGACAAGUUUGUGAUCAGCAGUGAGCGUCUACAUAAUGACAAAGUUCUGAGGAGCUUCAUCACUGUGACUCAACCACAAGAGAUGAAUCGUUCCACCUUGAUCUGCCACAGCUUUAAUUCUCUUGGAUCUGCCAGUCAUGGAUUUUUCCUUGAGGGCCAAGUAUCUGCUGAAAGUCAUGAUCGAUUGCUGAUGCCACUGUUCAUCUCCACAACUGCCCUUUUGUUCACACUUGUGUGUGUUCUGCUGUGUGUUAUCAGGGCUCUGAAGAAUCGCCAAAACCCUAACAGUCACCUCACAGAGGAAAUCAACCAAAUUGCGAAGAGACAACAUGUAACAACAGAGGCAAAUGAGGUACCCAACACAGAAGAACACAUUUAUGUCAACACUGAACGCCAGCCAAACGCCAAUGACCUUCCAACUGUGUCUGAGCCAGACAGCAAAACUGGGCCAAGCUCUGGGCCAAACAAUGCAGAAAGAGUAGGUAAAAGCUCAGAGAAGAAUGAUGAGGAGAGCAAUGUCGUUUACUCUACCGUGUCUUGGAAGAGCAAGAACAAGAAGGGAGCAGAUUCUGCAAACAUGAAUCCAUCUGGUGGUUCCUGUCUGGAGGAGGAGAAGUCAAUGGUGGGGGGUGUUGGCAGAAAUUUUAUGAGCAAUGCACUGGAGAUGGGAAACCUGUAUGAUGAAGUGGGGCCUAGAAAUGUGAGGAAGGAAGCAGAGUGUGAAUAUGCUCAGGUUAAAAUGAAAGGCAAGAGAGCAAAGAAAAAAUAGAUGAUGUUUUGCCCUGUUGGAAAUUCCUGUCUUGCUCUCUUAUGUGUUUGUUUUUGGUGCAACUUAUCAAAUAUGGAAAUUUAUGGAAUGUUGGCCUUUCCUGUACAAAUGUAGGGAAAAAAUUGCAAUCUGAUUGAUAUCAUAUUUUUUGUUCAUAGAACUGAAAGUUUUUACUCCAAACAUAUACUAGAUCCACAUAUUGGCUCUUACUGAUCUCUAAUAAUUUGUAUCGGCCCUGAAAGAAAUGUAUCAUCUGAUUUCUAAUUUUUAAAAAUUUUGUCUGAUUUUGAUGUUUUGUUACAGAGAAGAAUUUUGUAAUAUUGUAAAAACACAAAAAUUGUAAUAAUAUUCAACAGUUUUCACAAUUUGUACUGUGUCAACAUAAAAUAUGAAAUGCUGUAUAUUUAUAUAGCUUCUUACUGAAAUGCCCACGUUGGUCACAUAUAAAUUGCAAAAACUCAUGCUAUCUUAUUUUUAUUUGUUAGUGUGGUAUAUACUGUUUAAUGACUUAUUUUGGCAUAUGUUUUUGUGGAAACUGCAGUGGUUGUAACUAUAUUGAGGAAGGUGAUACAGAAUGUCUUUCCCCCCAAAGUAACAGUCUCUAGAGUUUUUCCUUAUGUCUCGAGUUGCAUGAGUUUAUUCAUUAAAGAGCUUUUUG